UAUCAUCCAUCAUCAUCUUUGUCUGUGCAGAAUCCCGGAUAUGCCAUGAACUGCUAGAGGCACCUGUAGCGCCACCCUCCAGGGGCAUCGAAUCCGUUCCGCCCCCCUGGCAGUGUUAUCGAUAAAGCACCUUUCCUCGGCUGACUUGAUCUGAUGUCAUUUGCUAUUAAUCGGCACCAACACGAGAACACGUGUGUGCAGGUGGGAUGCCAAAAGCCGAGCAUCAGCUUACUACCUAUAUCAUCGCGACAUUGAACCCUUUCCACCCGCCGGUCGCCGACGAGACUCUUUCAAAGACUUGGGCAUGAAAGCUUGAGAAUAGGAGUGAUAAGAAAGUAAAGGGAAAUGGCCAAGAACCGCAAGGACCCAGCAAAAAUCAAGCUCCGCCAGCCCGACCGCUCCCCGCCCACCGAAAAGACGCUGCUGGACAUUGCCCAGGAACGAUCCCUCUUCGACCAGGCCGCCAGACGAGAGAGGGAGCUCGCAGGCAGCAGCAAAUCCUCCUCCUCCUCCUCCCCCGGCGCUCGAGAUGGCGAGGACGAUGAUGAUGGGAAGCUGUCGCCCGGCGCGGAGAGGUUCCUAGAUGCGCUGCUGUGGACGACGACGCUGGCCAUUCUGCACUCUACGUUUGAUGUCUUGGUGAUGAAUCAGUAUGGGACGGUGAUUAAAUGGGAAAAGGUCGUUGCGAAUGCCGGCAGGGCGUGGUGCGCCUUCUUCUUCCUCUUCUACGUCCUCCACCCCCACGAAGCCAACCAGACGCUCCUCCCCGGCCUCCCGCGCCGCUUCCAGAGACCCCUCCGCCAGCUGCUCUUCUUCGGCAUGAGCUGCGCCGCGGGCUGCGCCCUCGUCUACAUCACCAACUCAAAGGGCUACCUGUACAACAUGAAGAGGGCGCCGCCGCUGGGCUGCCUGUGGGUGUGGGCCGUGGUCGAGCUGGACUUGGUGUGGGCGGUGCCGAGUCUGCUUGUCACGGGGCUGUAUUUAUGGAUGAAUGGGUUUUCGAUCAAAUGA